AUGCAGCAUCGCUCCUUGAGUCCCGACGCGCCGGCCGAUCUCUAUCUACCCCCGGACGACUUUAUAGACUAUAAGCUCGCCAUGACCGCCUUGCAACGCCGCCCACUCACUCCCGACGCGUCGUCCGGUCUACGUCCAUCCCUGGGGCCUUUUUUUGACCGGCUUCCGUUUGAACUUCGACGCAUGGUCCUCGAGGAAGCAUUUGGGAACCGGCUGCUCCGUGUCUACCACACUCAGGAGGUUCGGGUCGAGCCGGAAAGCCUAGCGAUGAAGAGACAAUGGAGGCACAGUAUGAACCCGAGCAAGGAGAUUAUCGGUGUGGACGGGGCGCUGAAUCCCGCUCCUCGGCAGCCCUUGGGCGCUAUGGGAUGGAUCUUGGCAUGCCGACAGGCGUAUGCCGAAGGUAUCGACGUGCUCUACUCCACGAGCAAGUUCAGUUUGGACGCAGAACCCCGGAGAGGGCCUACGGAUCCGCGAAACUACACAUUAAUCUACCCUUUCUGCGCCGACAUGCCUCUCCAUUGCCUAGCAUCCAUCACCAGCCUCUAUUUUUCCUGCCGGGUUAGCAAGGUGUCAAACUCUGAGUUUUCACUGCCGUUUGAGCUUCUAUCUUCCACUUUCCCGGGCCUGAGGCAGUUGCACGUCUUCUUGAUGGGACCGCUCGACGAGGUCAUCCCUGGUGCCGUGGAUAAGUUUGUCAGGUCGCGGGCUUGCCGCAAGCUUGAGGUACUUUAUGUGUCAGUCGUUCCCUGGGCGAUAGGGAGACUGCGUAAGCAAUCUCAGACAUCCCGAAAACAAGGUGGCAAGGUUAAGCGCUAA